AUGCCACCAUCAAAGCGAAAACCAUUAAUGGACGCUAUAAUUUCUCAAAAAUGUCAAAAUAAAGAAAAUUCUUCAAUAAUUUCGCCUACCAUUACGAUAUCAUCUCCACCUUCUAUUGAUUCAAUAUCUGCCGCCUCGUCAAACGCGAGAUCAUGUGAUGAUUCGAGUGAGCCGCAGCAAAUACCAGAGAUUGCUAUGUAUAAACGUUCGGAUUUGCCACCCCCUGAUGGAAUAACUCAAGAACAAUAUCAUGAACUUUUGAAUAACCGUGGUUGUCAAUUUUGUAAUAAAGGCGAUUCCAUUGCUUCUAAUAUUCCUUCUGAUUUGAUUUGCGCAUUACCAUUUCAUCAAGAAAAAGGUGUUAAAUUUUAUUGGUCGUCUAUGGUGGAUGCAUAUGUCAAAGAAUAUGAGUCAAUUCCUGUUGAAAGUCGAUUUGAUUGGUUAAAACAAAAAUGUGAAUUGGUCCGUUUGAUUAUGGAUGAUGUUGAAAUUCGUACGCAAGCUGAUUCUGAAGAACGUAAGGCAAUGGUUGAAAUCAGGGAUCAAAAUAGUACCCUCAGAAAAGAGGCAAUCGCACAAUAUCUUAAAGAAUUGUUGGAUGAAAAGGCUGAUGAUGGAACUUCAAAGUACUUGGAAAAAUUCAUUUUUGAAUGUCCUUCAUAUCAAAACGCUAUUCAACAGAGAACCCCAUUCACUGAUAAAAAAUGGACAUUGCUUAAAGGAAAAUUGUUAAAUGAGUACCAAAUAGUUUCGGCAAGACAUAAAGGAGAAAACAUGGACUCCGCUUCAUCUGAUUCAGAAAUCAAUUCGCCUGACACAACAGGUGCCCAAUUACCUCAAACGAUCGAUCAUAAAUCUAACGAGAUGGUUGAUUUUAAAAACAUGAUCGGGUUGCCUGAAACCAGCGAUGAUCAAUAUUUGAUCUCUCAAAUUCCUGAUCAACCUAUUAAUAAGUCAUGUAAUGCUGACAUGAGUAAAUUUUCUCCAUCAAUCAUGAUUGAUCAAAAAACGGAUGAUAUGUGCAUAGAAGGACAGCAACUUUUGGCAACAUGUGAUAUUCAGAAUACAGAUAGCGCGUGCAUCGAUGUACAACAAUCAUUGUUGGACCAAUAUAUAGAAGGUGAUUCCCAACAAUCUACGUCAGAAAUAAAUACAGACACUACUUGCACUGACAUUUUACUUAAUGAUGAUGAUGAUUCAGAUACAAUAUGUCAAGAUAUUGAGGCUGGAUCAAAUGAACAUUUCAAAUGGAGAAUGAUUCCUUUUUCUCCUGAAACUAUGAACAUGAUUGAGGUUACAAGAGAAUCCUGGAAAAAACAGGACACAUUUGAACAGAGUCAGCAAUCAGUGUUUGAACCCAAAGACUGCGUGUCUAGUCAAAUAUACGGUCAAAUGAACAUGUCAGCAGAACAUUCAUUUUGGUUAAAUGACUUAUAUACGCCUGAUCAUUACAACAGAAUUGAGAAUUUAACAUCAGAUCAGAUGAUAUGGCCAUCAGAAGGGACAUCGCCAGUUAAAUAUGGUAUCACUGAUGAAUUUCCUUUUACAAUGAAUCAGAAUAAUUGUAUACAAUCAAAACCAAGUAAUCAACAACCAACUGCCCCAACAACCCCUGUUUCGUGGUCAGUUAUGAAUUCAAUCACAGAUGUUUCCAUACAACAGUCAACGUCUCUUCCUUGGAAUCGGCAAGAAGUUCCAUCCUUUGACAUAUUCCAAGUUGGUAACGUUACUUGUCCCGCACUUUGGCAAGCGUGGAUCGAGAAACAAUUGCAACAAGUACACGCCUCAGAGUAUUUUACUUCUGAUAGAAUGCAACAAAUCCAACUUUUAAGUCAACAAAUGUAUAUUAUUGAGAAGAUUAGAGCUCUUCUACCGCGGCAUACACCGUUAUUAUUGGAACAAGGAAUAACAACCUUGCCGACUAUAGCGUCCAAUAUUACCUUUUCCUCAAAUUCACCGUAUGUAGGAGGCCCUGUACACAAUAAUGAAUAUUCACAAACGAGAUCUGUAAUAAAUCUUUUAAAGUUUUUACGCUGGUGUCCGUCGUUUUCGGAUCCACCAGUUCAAUACAAUUACCCAUACCAACCUUGGGAUGAGAGAUUUGUUGAUGAAGUACUAAUACCAAUCUUGUCGACCGAAGCGGUAGUGUUUUUACGAAACCCAGCUCACACGAUAAAAGUGCCUUCUUAUAAUUAUGAUUAUGUAAGAAAGCACUUGAUAGAGGUUCAUAAGAGUGAACCACUAGAUGAAUUGAUGGAAAUAUUAGUAGAGUAUUUGCCUAAUAAUCUGGAUAUUCCUAUUGAUACGAAGUUAUGGUGGGAAUUAACUAAGAUGAGUGGAAAAUUGGAUUAA